GAGGUAUAUAUCUGUUAUAUCUUACCGUAAAUGAUAUCCAGGAUCAGUAGAGAAAACCGCGUUGUCCAAGGCUGGUCCAAAAUGUCAACGAGCUUGUCGAAUGCAUCGUCAUUAUUACUGUUGGUGUUGCUGUCGAUCCUGUUGCCAACACACGGGAAACACGUCGGAGAGUCAUGCGUGAUCGACAAUUCCCAGGGACAGUGUAAGCUUAUACGAGACUGCCCAAGAGUUUAUGAAGAAAUAUUGGCCGGCAAAGCGCCCAACGAGAUCUGCGGAUUUUUUGGUUUCGACGCGAUAAUAUGUUGUCCAACGACAAUUCCUCCGGUCAGGAAACAGACGCCGCAACCACAGACUUCCGACCAAGCUAAUACUACAGAAGGAUCAGUGAAUUUAAGUGAAACGAUGGAAUCUGUAACGUCAAGUAACAUGACGGUCUCGGCUAUGGACUCGGAUAUGGACUUUGAUGAGGACUUGGAUGAGGACUUGGAUGAGGACUCGGAUAAGGACUUGGAUGAAGACUCGGAUAAGGACUUGGAUAAGGACUCGGAUAAAGACUUGGAUAAGGACUCAGAUAAGGACUUGGAUAAGGAUUCGGAUAAGGACUCGGAUAAGGACUUGAAUCCGGAGAAGGAACUUCUGAAUGACGGUAGAAAAGAAGCGACAUGCGUGAUCGACAAUUCCCCGGGUGUGUGCAAAUUAAUAGAAGACUGUCCGCAAGUUCGUAAGGAAUUGUAUGCCGGUAAAAUGCCCAGCGUGACCUGUAAAUGCUCCGACUCCGCUCCGACAAUAUGUUGUCCAACAACAAAUCGUGGAUUCAACCCGUCGAUGUUAAAGCCGCAACUGGCGACUAGCGUGCUAGACUAUAGAGAAGAACCUUUGAAAUUUGAUAAAUUAAGGGGAUCUGCAGCACAAGCAAGAUGUGCGGAUAACUUGAUCCUCAAUUCUAUGAUACCCCCGCCGAAAAUAAAAUCUCACACUACCAGCAAUAAAGCCGAGGCGAAGGAAUUUCCAUACGCGGCAGUGAUCGGUUCCGUUGUUCUCGAUGAAAUCAUGUGGUAUUGCAUCGGUAGCUUAAUUUCUUCCAAGAAUGUUCUGACAGCGGCCAGCUGCGUAUGGACAACCCACAUGGGAUCUGCAAAAUGGGUACGGCUCGGCGAUCAGAAUUUCACGCAGUCAACCGACAAAGACAACACGACGGUGCAGACUAUUGCCAUCAAAGAGGGAAUAAGACAUCCUAAUUACAUACCUCUAGAGCGUGACCAUGACAUUGGUAUAUUGCGUCUGGAAACAGACGCUAUCUACAACGCGUUCGUCAGACCGGUAUGUCUUCCGUUCAAUUGGCCUGACGUGAGCCCAGACGACACCGCAAUAGCCACCGGAUGGGGUCAACUCGACUGGCAGAAAGGCGAGGAUCCGGACUACGUGUAUCUGUGGACGGUAAAACUCAAUUUAGUCUCGCACGAAGCUUGCAACGCGUCUUUCUUCAACGACAGUUCCUUCCUGCGGACCCCAUCAGGGAUUGUCGAUGGAUGGCAUAUAUGCGCGGGGCAAGAAAGGGACGACAUCUGCCCGUUGAGCGGCGGAGGACAACUCAUCGUCUCUAACGAGGUUCACAAGUGCAUGCACACCGUUAUCGGGGUCUUUAGCGAAGGACUCUGCGGCACCAAACCUGGCGUGUACACCCGAGUCUUCCGUUACCUACCCUGGAUAGAGAGAACUGCGUGGCCUGAAUACUUUGAAACGCAUAAUUCUAGUCUACCUUAAAUGUAUAUCCACUUUCUCAAGUGUCAAGUGUCUUCAAGUAAUAAAAGCACUUCAUUUUUAUACGACA